AAAAAAAAAUCAGAGCAGAGGUGGCAGCGGACGAGGAUAUGGCCUUGGCGAGCUUCUCCUUCUGGCGUUGUCAUUCCCUGGGAUUUCCGACUGCCGCAGCGCCCUUAUUUAGGGUUUCUUGCUCUUCUCUCAAACUCAACACAACCCUAACUGAAAUCAACAAGGCCGGCGUAAUCCCAUGCCUUCGUGCCCGGUUGCCAACAGAGCUAGCGUUGGAAGCUGAAGGUACUGCACUAACUGGUGACAUCUCAGUGGAUCUGCAAAAUUUUUGGUAUCCAUAUGCACAGGAAAAAGCUUGUUGGAAAAAAAGAUGGAGGUUACUAUGUCAACCCCAGGUUUUACAGGAGCUGGUGCAGAAUCAUCCUAGAAAAGUCAUAGGGGUUGGAACUGUUUUAAAUGCUAAGGAUGCCAAAACUGCCAUAAAUGCUGGAGCCAAAUUCCUCAUGAGUCCUGUAAUUGUGAAGGCAUGCUCUUGGAACUUAGAACUUUUGUUUUUUCUAAACAUGCUUAAUGAUCACCAGGAGAUUAUGGAUGAUGUCCAAGGUGGUGAAGUUUUAUAUAUACCUGGUGCAAUGACCCCAACAGAAAUCUUCUCUGCAUAUAAUGCUGGUGCCAAAAUUGUCAAGGAAAAAUGGUGCAUUCUUAAUUCAUCAAUUUGCUAGGUAGGAUACAGUUUCCAGUUGAGCUACUCAUCUCAGCUACCAUUGACACAAUAGGGAAGUUCUACCCAUGGUGGAGGCUACUAUAUAGUUCUAUACUGUUAGGUAUGUUACACUAGCAAGGCAUGAGUAUGCCUUUCCAAAUAUAUAUAGUAUUCCAUGCUUUUAUGUCUAAUUAAUUUCAUAUUCUGAAAAAGGAAAAGAAAUUGUAAUAAGCUUAUUUCAUGUACAGGUAGCUAGCAAGUUCCGGAUAGAUAUGCAACAAGAAGUGAAAUCAUUCCCAAGUGAUCCAGAUAAGGAAAGUUAACAUGAUUAAUAGGUUAUGUUUUAACCUAGUGACUCUUGUGUAUGAUGGUCUCUCGUAUUAUGUUACAGGAUUUUUUAUUAUUAUCUUAAUGUUAUUUUAUACAAAAUUUGCAAGUAAUGGCACAUUAAAAAUUAUGUGCUAAAAAUACCACAGUUGCCAUAUGUAGUAAAAAUGCAUGUUGAAAUAAUUUUUGAACAGAUAAUUUCAGUAUUUUGGUGUAAACUCGUGUAUUCAAAAUAUUGAAAUUGUCCUUUCUCAGAAGAUGAUUUUUUUGUGCAAUGAAGGUAAUUUACGAAUUAUUUUCUCCUUUGUCAUUUUAAAAAAAUAUGAUACAACAUCUUCAUCAUGAUUAUUAUUUGCAAAAGGCUCCUCUCUAAAAAUUCUCUCGGUGUUCUCUGUGAAAGAUUUAUGAGAGAUUUAUGCAUCUUCAUCAUGAUUGUCAUUCCACAUCUUCUAAUUUUCUGUUACAUGGUUGUUGUAGAUUGAUUUGCUAUUAAAUCUAGGAUAUCACAAUAAGAAUGCAUAAAGAAGCUACAAAACCAAGCUCACAAACAACUUUUUGUAGUAUGUGGCAACACAGAGAGUCCUACUUAGUCCCCACCUUGCCCAAGAAAGAACCAACAUAUGGACAGUGAAACAUGUCUACACAAAUUACAGACAAAUUGCAUAAUUUUAUCUUUCAUGUAGAGGACUACAGGGAAACCUAUCUUGGGUGCUGAAACUUACACCCUUACUAUCUAUUAUAGAUGGUGUUAUGAAUAAGUGGUUCACUUAUCUUCUCAGUAGACAUGACUUGGUGGUUGGCUGCCUGAAGUGGCGAUAACGGUUUUAAUAGUUUGGGGUGCAACAAUGCUGCUCUUGGGGAUGGGUCACCUAAAUGAUGGCUCUUAGAACAGACCCACAAGGUGAUAUGUCAAAUACCAUAAAAGAUUUGAUCUAUCCUCACUAAACACCAAUUGGUUUUUAGAUGAUAAGUGGUAUUAGAGCUAAAGGUCAUGAGUUUGAGUCAUGAGAACGUCAUAUUGGGAUGUAACAAUGUUGCAAGAUGAUGCAUCACCUAAAUGAUGACUCUUAGAAUAAGUCAAUGGGGUGUGAUGUCAAAUGUAAUAAAAGGUUUGACCUACCUUACUAGACACUAGUUGGUUUUUUGAUGAGAUGGUCGAAGCUUGAUUUAAAAGCUCAUGUUUGUUCAAAAUCAAAGUUUGAUUGUUAAUUAGUUCUUUAACAAUCAAACUUAUUCGUCCAGCAAUUACACGGUUUGCUACUGCAUUUCUUACUCUCCAAAGUCUUUAUAAGCAAAAGCAAGCUCUUAUAGCAAUGUUCUCCUCGGAAAAAUGGUGUUCAAGCACAUGGGCUAAAAAGGUAGAAGGUGUGAAAACUCGAAAUACAGUGUUGUUUGAUCCAAAUUUUUGGCCUCAUGUUGCUUUUUGCAUAAAGACCACUGUUCCAUUAGUUAGUGUCUUGAGAGAGGUUGAUUCAGAGGAAAGACCAGCCAUGGGUUAUAUUUAUGAGUUGAUGGAUUCAGCUAAGGAGAAGAUUGCAUUUAAUUGUCGGGGCAUGGAGAGAAAAUAUGGCCCAAUUCGGAGAAAAAUUGAUGCAAGAUGGACUCCGCAACUUCAUCGACCUUUACAUGCAGUAGGCUAUUAUCUUAAUCCUCAAUUGCGGUAUGGAGAUAAGUUCUCUAAUGUUGAUGAGGUGAGGAAGGGCUUAUUUGAAUGCAUGGAUAGGAUGUUGGAUUAUCAAGAACGUUUAAAAGCUGACAUUUAGUUGGACUCAUAUGACCAAGCAAUGGGUGAAUUUGGGAGUCGUAUUGCAAUUGAUUCUCGACAUUAAGAAGUCCUACAAGUUGGUGGAUGCGUUUUAAGGGUUCAACACCGGAGUUGCAAAAGUUUGCUAUUCGAGUCCUUAGCCUUACUUGUAGUGCUUCGGGAUGUGAAAGAAAUUGGAGCACAUUUGAAUCGAUCCAUACAAAAAAAAGAAAUAGACUUGAACAUCAAAGGUUGAAUGCUCUAGUGUAUGUAAGGUACAACACUAGAUUGAGAGAGCGAAGUCUACAAAGGAAACAACAUGUUGAUCCAAUCUUGGUAGAGGAGAUUGAUUCCGAUGAUGAAUGGAUUGCGGAGAAAGAAGAUCCCCUCCUCCCCCUUGAUCUUUGUUGGCUUCAAGAUAAUGAAUUAUUCAAUGUUGAUGCCAUUAGAGUUGUGUCAUCCAACUCCCAAGAGACGCAAGCAUCAUCAGAUCAUAUAGUUUCUUCACAUUCCUACAAAAGGAAACAUAAUGAAGUACCAAGUACAAGUGGAGGCAAAGGCAAAGAGAAGGAAUUGAAUUUGACACCAAUUGAUGAAGAUGAAGAUUUAGAUGAAAUGGGGAUACAUGAUAGUGGACAUUUUCCUACUAUUGAUACAUUGGAUGAGGAUGAUGAUGACCUUGGAGAGGAGGAUUUAAGCUGAAACAAUUUACUCUAGUUGUUAUUUCAUGACUUAGUUAUGAAUUUUUUGUACUUUAUUUUCUAUUUCAUGACUUAGUUAUGGCUUUUUGUUAAAGUUUGAAACUAUUAGUAUAGUUGAAUCUAUAAUCUAUUUUAUGAAUUUGUUA